AUGUCAACCUCAAAUGAAGCUACCAAUAUUACCAUUAACAGUAAAACUAAAACCUGCUCAUGCUGUGAAAAACUUAAACCAAUCGCUGAAUUCAUAAGGAUGAUUGGAAGUAGAAUGACAGUUAAUAUUUUGUGCAAUGCCUGUGCUAAUCGAGAUAAAAGAUAUAGAUUAAAUAAAAAAGUCAAAGCAACUAAUAAUGAAAGUACUCAACUACUUUGUUUAAAUGAAAAUAUUCAACCACUGCCUUUGGAUAAAAAUAUUCAAUUGUUACCCUUAAGCAAAAAUAAUAUAGAUACAGAUAGCGUCAAAAAUAGUAGUGAUAAAUUUAUUUAUAAUAUAUAUAAUAUUAAAAAGCUUGUUAAUAUAAAAUUUAGAGAUAGUAAAAAAAAAGUUGAACUAGUUAAAUUCUCUGUAAUAGUAAAACUUGAAAGAGAAUUAGUUAAUGAAGAAAUAAUGUCUCUAGAAAUUGAUCAAAAUGAGGAUGCAGAGUUUUGUGAA